AUGGCUGCCGCAGCAGUCGACAAAGCUCCUCGAGAGCGAACGCUGAGCACGCAUGCUCCGGUCAGCACUCUGCAAGGUCCAGUCGGGCCUGGCUUCUCAAGACCAAAGCACAAGAGAACAGUCACCGGUCUGGGCCCCAGCGAGAUCAAGUCUGUCGAGAGCAGUAUUCCAGAGCAUAUGAGAGAAGCAUGGCGCAAAUUCUCUGCUUCUGGCUUCAAGACCACAGAUGAGUUCGAGAAAGAGGUUGUCAAACACAUCGAGACGACUCUCGCUCGCUCUCUGUUCAACUGCGAUGAGCUCGCGGCAUACUCCGGAACGGCUCUUGCAUUCAGAGAUCGUCUGGUUAUUGACUGGAACAAGACGCAGCAGAGACAGACUUUCGCUGAUCAGAAGCGAAUCUACUACCUUUCCCUCGAGUUUUUGAUGGGAAGGGCGCUCGACAAUGCCAUGCUCAAUGUCGGUCUCAAGAACGUUGCCAAAGACGGUCUCGCCGACCUGGGCUUCCGAAUCGAAGACGUCGUAAACCAGGAACACGAUGCAGCUCUCGGCAAUGGUGGUCUCGGACGGUUGGCGGCUUGUUUCCUCGACAGCAUGGCAUCCCUCAACUACGCUGCGUGGGGCUACGGUCUCAGAUACCGAUACGGCAUCUUCAAGCAAGAGAUCGAGAACGGCUACCAGGUUGAGAUUCCGGAUUAUUGGCUCGAUUUCAACCCCUGGGAGUUUCCUCGCCAUGAUGUGACUGUGGAUGUGCAAUUCUACGGAUGGGUCAACAAGUACACCGACGAGAACGGCAAGCAGGUCACUUCAUGGCAGGACGGCGAGGUCGUGGUUGCAACUGCCUACGAUGUGCCUGUCCCAGGGUACGGCACGCCCACAGUGAACAAUCUUCGGUUGUGGUCCAGCAAGGCUGCCUCCGGCGAGUUUGACUUUGCCAAAUUCAAUGCAGGCGAGUACGAAAGUGCUGUUGGCGACCAGCAGCGUGCCGAAACCAUCUCUGCCGUGCUCUAUCCCAACGACAACCUGGAGAGAGGCAAGGAAUUGCGCCUGAAGCAGCAGUAUUUCUGGUGUGCUGCAUCUCUCUACGACAUCGUGAGACGCUUUAAGAAGACCAAGAGAAAGUGGUCAGAAUUCCCCGAUCAGGUCGCCAUUCAGCUCAACGAUACUCACCCAACACUCGCAAUUGUCGAGCUUCAGCGCAUUUUGACUGAUCUGGAAGGCCUUGAAUGGGAUGUUGCAUGGGAUAUUGUUGGGAGAACUUUCGGCUAUACCAACCACACCGUCCUCCCUGAGGCCCUGGAGAAGUGGUCUGUUCCCCUGAUCCAGAACUUGUUGCCUCGCCAUCUUCAGAUUAUCUACGACAUCAACCUGUUUUUCCUACAACAGGUCGAGAAGCGCUUUCCCAAGGACCGAGAGCUGCUCUCACGAGUGUCGAUCAUCGAGGAGUCCCAGCCUAAGAUGGUCCGCAUGGCAUACUUGGCCAUCGUUGGCUCGCACAAGGUCAAUGGAGUGGCUGAGCUGCAUUCCGAUCUCAUCAAGACUACAAUUUUCAAGGACUUUGUGCGGAUCUACGGACCGGACAAGUUCGGGAAUGUGACGAACGGCAUCACACCACGUCGCUGGUUGCACCAAGCCAAUCCCAGAUUGUCUGAACUCAUCGCCUCCAAGGUCGGAAGCUACGAGUUCUUGAAGGAUCUGACCCUUCUCAACAAGCUGGAGGCUUUUGCUGACGACAAGGAGUUCAAGAAAGAAUGGGCGGAAAUCAAGUACGCCAACAAGGUUCGACUGGCUCAGCACAUCCAGAAGAGUACUGGAGUCAGCGUCAACCCCAAGGCUCUGUUCGACGUUCAGGUCAAGAGAAUACACGAGUAUAAACGUCAGCAACUGAACAUCUUCGGUCUCAUUCAUCGAUACCUCGCCAUCAAAGGUAUGUCACCAGAGGAACGCAAGAAGCUUGCACCGAGAGUCUCAAUCUUUGGAGGCAAAGCUGCUCCCGGCUACUGGAUGGCAAAAACAAUCAUCCACUUGGUAAACAAGGUCGGUGAGGUUGUCAACAACGACAAAGAUGUUGGUGACCUGCUCAAGGUUAUCUUCCUGGAGGACUACAAUGUCAGCAAGGCGGAGAUCAUCGUUCCUGCUUCUGACAUCAGCGAGCAUAUCUCAACAGCUGGCACAGAGGCAUCCGGAACCAGCAAUAUGAAAUUUGUGCUCAACGGCGGUCUGAUCAUUGGCACGCUUGAUGGUGCCAAUAUCGAGAUCACGCGCGAGGUGGGCGAAGACAACGUUUACCUCUUCGGCACGCUGUCCGAAGACGUCGAGGACCUCCGGCACAAGCACUUCUACAGCAAGACUGACUUCAACCCCGAGCUCAAGAAAGUAUUUGACUUCAUCAAGAGUGGAGCUUUUGGAGACCAGUCCGCCUUUUCGGCUCUCAUCAACGGCAUUGUCGACCACGGCGAUUAUUACCUUGUCGGUGAUGACUUCGAUUCAUACUGCAAGACCCAGGACCUCAUUGAUGAGGACUACAAGGACCAGGAUGCGUGGGUCACGAAGAGCAUCCAGGUGGUAUCACGCAUGGGCUACUUCACAAGUGACAGAUGCAUCAAUGAGUACGCUGACACAAUUUGGAACAUCGAGCCUCUGCAGGUCAAGGAAGAGGAUGAAGUGAGAGCACGCACUGGUUGGAGACAUAAGAUUCAGCAUGAGCGGUCCACGAAGUAA